AUGAAGCCGAUUUCCAGAACCAAUAUUCUAAAGGCAGCGCUCGCCUUCUCACUCCCGAUAUUGUCCGCGGCCGUCGAUUACUGCACAUUCGAUAAUAGCAAUUGCAUCGACGGCCUAGCCCAGGUUUCCGUCUCGUUCAAAUUUGACGCUAUUUCACCCGUGCCACUACUUUUUUACUACGGAUUCGAUGCCGGCUGGGGUUCUCCCUCCAACAAUGACUCGUGUGCAGUGAAGGUGGGAUACUGGCUACAAUAUGAUAGAGGGCUACUCACGGAGUUUAAUUCGAAUAUCCGCGGCAUCAAUUGGACAACGGAAGUGGCAUUACGUAUCGGGAAUUUAGGCGGUUAUGUCGGCGGUGCCAAUAACGGCUGUAAUGGCGUUUGGGGACAUUCUUGCUCGGAAAAUUUGAAAACUUUCUUGCGGUCGUCGUUGUUUAAUCUGAGUACUUCGGGACAACCCUAUGAUUUCCCGCUGGAUACGGUACUUCAGCCAUUGACGACCGGUAGUCCAGGUCCUUUUAUUGACGGCUGCCCGGCUACUCUAUUUGCAUUGAAUCAAAUUCCCACCUAUGUUGUCGUCAAUGCCACAACUGCAGACAGCAAUAACUCCCGGGAAGCCAUAAAUGUUGCCGAGCCAGGUAAUCCUAGUUCCCCAUGGCGGACAUGGUACAUUCCCGGUGUGACCGCAAUGGGACAGGCUCAAGAGGUCGCCGUCGGCAUUAUAGCACGUACGCCGAAUCACGGCUCAAAACCGCUCAAUAGUCCGAACGAUAUUCAGCUUGAACUGGUUUGUGCGAGAGCACCAAGACAAGGUCCCCGUCGUCCACCCAAUGACGGCGAUCGUGACAUCGAUAAUAAGCCCACUCAAGGAUACGCUCGCGGUAUUAUCAAGACAUAUGCUUUUGACGAGGAUGACUUUCUAUAUGACGUCGAAGCCGAUAAUGACGGAGAUGAAGCCGGUGCAGAUGUUGAAGAUGAGGAAUACUAUGCCGACGAUGACUCGGUGACAGGGACCUAUGUGGAUGUCCUGAAAGCAGUACAACAGUUCUCUAGGUGA